CUGCACUACGGGACCCUCCUGGGCAGCAGAGCUUGUGCCCACAUGGCAGCAGCUGCCUGGGCCAGUGCCUUUCUCAAUGCUCUGCUGCACACAGCCAAUACAUUUUCCCUGCCCCUGUGCCAGGGCAAUGCCCUGGGCCAGUUCUUCUGUGAAAUCCCCCAGAUCCUCAAACUCUCCUGCUCACACUCCUACCUCAGGGAACUUGGGCUCCUUGCUGUUAGUGCUUUUCCUUUCUUUGGUUGUUUUGUGUUCAUUGUUUUCUCCUAUGUGCAGAUCUUCAGGGCUGUGCUGAGGAUCCCCUCUGAGCAGGGACGGCACAAAGCCUUUUCCACCUGCCUCCCUCACCUGGCCGUAGUUUCCCUGUUGAUUAGCACUGGGGUUUUUGCCUACCUGAAGCCCCCCUCCAUCUCCUCCCCAUUCCUGGAUCUGUCCCUGUCAUUUCUGUACUCAGUGGUGCCUCCAUUGGGAGGUCUUUUGGGUGUGGUCAAGGGGUGUGGCCAGUGGGGUUUGGUCAAGGGGGAGUGGUCAGUGAAUGUGGUCAUUGGGGUGUGGUCAGUGAGUGUGGACAUUGGUUUCCUGAUAUGGGUGUGUCUGAAGAGAUAUGAAAAUCAAGACCCUUCAUGGCUGACAAUCAGUCACGCUUUGUCCCCACACCCUUCCUACCAUUUCCGUCAUCCAGCUCCAGUGAUUGCUAUGGAUCAGGAAUGGGAGGACAUGGAGGAGCUGGAGUGUGUCCAGAGAAGGCGACAAGGCUGGUGCGGGGUCUUGAACACAGCUCCUCUUAGGAGUGGCUGA